CUUGGUUACUAGUACCUAUGUGUGUAAGUACAUCAAACUCUCAAACACGGGACAAAGGUCUAAUAAAAUUGCUGAAGUAGGUAUGAAUAGGCGUAAAACUUGUUGUUGUUGAUGGAAGCAGCAUUUCUCAGUACAAACUUGCUGUAAUUAUUCAGUAGUGUGUGGAUCUUCCUAUACAUUGGUAUAAAUUCAAGUUAGAAAGUGCUAUAUCAAUAACAAAACAAACAAAAUAUUUUACGGAAUGGCGAGCAACUGCUUCAAACACAUGUAUCUGCUCUUCCGAGUGUUCAUGGACAAGGUGAUAGACUUUGUCUUCUCCUGGAUCUGGGACACGCGGAAAGCCAUCCCGGAUCUGGAACCGAAGCACAAGAUCCUGGCUGAGAGUGCCACGAGUCUCGCCAAGAAGAUCAGAAACAAAGAACUAAAGGCAGAGGAGCUGAUGAAAUGCGUCAUUGAAAGAAUUAAAGCUGUGAAUUCUAUAAUAAAUGCUGUGACUGAUGAGAGGUUUGAAGAUGCCUUGAAGGAAGCUAAAGAGAUUGACAGGAAGAUAGCGGAAGGCCUGCCCGAUGAAUACUUUGAUAAGAGACCAUUUCUAGGGGUCCCCUUCACGGCGAAGGAGUCGCAUGCCAUGUUGGGUCUCCGCCACACGCUGGGGCUGACGGCGCGGCGGGAGACGCGCGCGGGGGGGGACGCCCGUUGUGUCAGCGAGCUGCGCGCCGCCGGGGCCGUGCCUGUGGCUGUCACUAAUGUGCCGGAGAUUAAUAAGUGGCAAGAAACUCGAAACCACGUCUUCGGGCAGACCUGCAACCCGUACCACUUGGGGCGCACGCCCGGCGGCUCCUCCGGCGGCGAGGCGGCGCUCGCGGCUGCGCUGGCCACGCCCAUCUCUCUGUGUUCUGAUAUCGGGGGUUCUACCCGCAUGCCAGCAUUCUACUGUGGCCUUUUUGGACAUAACCCUACAGCGGGCACCACCAGUUUGCAAGGCUCGACUCUCCGCUCGGGCAAGGACGACACGAUGGCCUCCAUAGGCUUCGUGAGCCGGCGCUGCGCGGACCUGGCGCCGCUCACGCGCGUCGUCGCCGCGGAGAAGGGGGCGCUGCUGGCGCUGGGGAGGGAGGUGCAUGUCAAGGACAUCAAGUUUUACUACACAGAAACUGCCACUGACUUACGGGUCAGUCCCAUCUGCGGAGAUCUGAGAAAAGCUAUGAACAAAGUGGUAUCCCGCCUGUCGACGGACUCAUCGAAACCCACUCCCUACACGCACCCCGGCUUCAGCCACAUGUUCGCGCUGUGGAAGUACCACAUGAGCAAGGAGUCGGAGUGCUUCCCGCGCAUGCUGACCAACAACAGAGGCUACGCCGUGGGGCUCGCCGAGCUCGUCAAGAAGUGCCUCGGUCUCAGCCAGUACACGCUGGCGGCGGUGCUGAAGCUACUCGACGAGCAGGUGUUGCCGCAGCCGCCGGCCGAGUGGGCCGAGAGCCUCACCCGGGACAUGCGCCGAGACCUCACUGAGCUGCUAGGCACAGACGGGGUGCUUCUAUUCCCCUCCGCCCCGCACCCCGCGCCCUACCACUACUCCGCCUUCCUGCGGCCCUUCAACUUCGCCUACUGGGGCCUGUUCAACGUGCUGCGGUUCCCGGCUACUCAGGUGCCGCUAGGUCUCAACUCGCAGGGCCUCCCACUAGGGAUCCAGGUGGUGGCGGCGCCUCACCAGGACGCACUGUGUUUAGCCGUGGCCCAGCAUCUCGAGGACUUGUUCGGGGGCUACGUGCCGCCUUGUAAGGUUUAACUAUGUAUAUGAUGUGUGUUGGGUGAAUAUUUUGAGAAAUGUCACGAGCAAUGUGGGAUUUAUAGCUUGAUAAGCUGAAUCGUUUAAAAUAAACUAGACUUUAUUUUCACGAAACAAAAUGAUGAAAACAGUUCAAAAAGGUGGCUUUAUUGCUAAAAGCAAUGUACCAAAUUCAAUUCACUGUAACUUUGAAUAGCAGUUGAACCUUAUACUGCAUAGAUAGUAUUCAUGUCUAUAGGUAUAAACUAAAUAGUAUUUCACGACCAUAUGUUUGUUAAACGUGUUUAUACAAAAUUUUCUUCGCAUUUAUACACUAGUAUUAAGCUUAAUGUUUUUAAGCAAAAAUUAACAACAAAUUGAUGAAGUCUGUGAUCGUUGCGUGUAUUAAUUGUAUUAUAAAUGUAUUAUAUUUAAAAGAUUUUAUAAAUAUGAUAAUAUGUCGUAAAUAUGUACUUAAUUUUACUAUUUUUUAAUAGGUGUUGGAAAC